AUGGCUGCCACUGCAUCAUCUCCUUUCAAGAAAAUUCAGAUUCAAAGGGAUGACACUACAUUUGACGCAUACGUGGUCGGAAAAGAGGAUGCUCCUGGAAUUGUUGUGAUUCAGGAGUGGUGGGGUGUGGAUUACGAAAUUAAGAACCAUGCUGUGAAGAUUUCCCAGCUUGGUACUGGGUUUAAAGCUCUAAUCCCAGAUCUGUACCGGGGAAAGGUUGGUCUGGAUGUUGCUGAGGCUCAGCAUUUGAUGGAUGGUCUUGAUUGGCAAGCAGCUGUCAAGGAUAUUGCUGCUUCUGUUAACUGGCUUAAAGAGAAUGGCUCAAAGAAGGUUGGUGUAACUGGAUUCUGUAUGGGAGGUGCUCUCUCUAUUGCCGGUUCUGUCUUGGUUUCAGAGGUUGAUGCUGCUGUAGCAUUCUAUGGAGUUCCUUCUUCUCAGCUUGCAGACCCUGCUCAAGCCAAGGCUCCUGUUCAGGCUCACUUUGGAGAGCAGGAUAGUUUUGUUGGCUUUUCAGACGUUACAGCGGCCAAGGCCUUGGAAGAAAAGCUGAAGGCAUCCGGGGUUCCACACGAGGUACAUAUCUAUCCUGGCAAUGCACAUGCAUUCAUGAACAGGUCCGCAGAUGGAAUCCAGAGGAGGAAGAACAUGGGAAUGCCAGAUGAAGAUGAAGCUGCAGUUCAGCUUGCAUGGUCUCGCUUUGAGACAUGGAUGACUCGUUACUUGUCUAGUUAG